CCCGCCGCGCUCCGCGCCCCGCGCAGCCCGGACAUGGAGGCGGCGGCUCCCGAGGGCGCCGAGCCGGGCGGCGGCAGCGGCGCCGAGGAGCCCGUGGUGUCCCUGGCGGAGGUGCUGGCGGAGAACGAGGAGCUGGAGAAGGAGGCGCGGGCCGUGCUGGGGGGCAGCGACCACGAGCGCUGCAGCUACUCACAGGGCGCGGUGAAGCGGCAGGCGCUGUACGCCUGCGGCACCUGCACGCCGCCCGGCGCGGAGCCGGCGGGGAUUUGCCUGGCCUGCAGCUACGAGUGCCACGGCACCCACCGGCUGUUCGAGCUGUACACCAAGAGGAAUUUCCGCUGUGACUGUGGGAAUAGCAAGUUCAAGAAUCUGCAGUGCAAGUUACUCCCGGAAAAGGGCAAGGUGAAUGCUGGAAAUAAAUAUAAUGACAAUUUCUAUGGAUUAUACUGUACUUGUAAAAGACCGUAUCCUGAUCCUGAAGAUGAGAUUCCAGAUGAGAUGAUCCAAUGCAUAGUUUGUGAAGACUGGUUCCAUGGAAGGCAUCUUGGUGCAGUUCCCCCUGAAAGUGGAGACUUCCAUGAAAUGGUGUGCCAGGCCUGCAUGAAGCAUUGCCAUUUCCUAUGGGCUUAUGCAUCGCAAUUAGCAGUUCCUCCUUUGACCAAAGUGAACUCUCUUGAAGAUGAAGGGAUUGUCCUGAAGGUUGAGGAAAGCGAAGAGCAGAAGAAAGAAAUAAAAAAAGAAAGCGGAGUGGAACUCCAAGAUACGAAGGAGGAAAAGCAAACGGAACAGUUUAAUGAACCAUCCACCAGCUCUGGGUCUGCCUGUCCCGAGGUAGUUACUAAGAGUGAGGAGCCAGUCUGCAAGCUGAAGGAGCUCCAAAGCAAGCCAUUCUUAAAAAAAGAUACUGCCACCUUUUGGCCAUCGAACUGGAGGAGCAAAUUAUGCACCUGUGAAGACUGUUUGAAAAUGUAUUCAGACCUUGAAGUCCAGUUCCUGACAGAUGAAUGUGACACUGUCUUGGCUUACGAAAAUAAAGGUACCAGUGACCAAGAGACAGAGAGAAGAGAUCCUUUAAUGGACACCCUUAACAGCAUGAACAGAGUCCAGCAAGUGGAACUCAUCUGUGAAUACAAUGAUUUAAAGACGGAACUGACGGACUAUCUCAGGAGGUUUGCAGAUGAGGGAACGGUGGUUAAAAGAGAAGACAUUCAGCACUUCUUUGAAGAGUUUCAGUCACGGAAAAGGCGACGGACUAACAGGAUGCAGUACUACUGUAGUUAGACUGAGAGGGUUUGGGUCUGAAAGGACAACUGGGAAAACAAUACUCACUGGCAAACAGAAGAGGCAUCUUCAGUAUCUCAGUAUAUCGGCUUCUCAUCAAAAUCCAGCUGUCCAAGAAACAUCUUCAUUUUGUCUCAUACUUUAUUUGUAGCGACUAAAACAUGUUCUUAACAGGUUCUUACCAUUGCAGUUAGAGGGAUUUUGGUACUGAUCGACUUUGCAUUCCCACAAAAGCUAGCCUUGUCUCCACGGAGAGUUGGCUUGUUCCCAGAACAGUGUGUCACCCUUUGUUCCCUGUAGCCUUUCACCCUUUAGCCUCCUGUCAGUGCCUAGAGCUGUAGGCUGUGCUAAACCCAGGUGGGCUCUGCCUGCCCUGCCCUCCCCUCGGUGCAGCGCAGGGGUCGUGCUCCGUGCUUUCCUGCUGUAAACGGCUCUGUCUCGCCCUGUGGGGUGCAGCAGUUCUGGCCAGGGCUCCCUGUGCCCAGGAGGUGUCCGUUCCUGCGCAGGGCUCGUGGCUCCUCCGCGGCUGGAGCGGGCACAGUCACCCCACGGGUCCCUCCAGGGCAGCCAAACCACGUGUCAGUCACUGCUGCCUGCUCGCUCACCGCUGGGGAAGCGCUCCCUGGGCAGGUCAGAAAUGGGGAAUCAGGGGUGGCCUUGAUGCAACAGAAUGUUCUGUCUGGUUUUAUACAUUAAGAAACCUGUUUCUAAUGUUGUACAGUGAUGUUUUACAUGAAAAAAAUUGUCACAUGAUCUCAAUUCACUUAUUAGAAUAUAAACAAUAUCUAGGAGGAGGUUACAAACUAAGCAUGGGGGGUUUGUUAUAGGACUUGUAAUGUGCUUUGAUUUCAAACACUAGCCUACAGCAAAUUAUUCUACUUCAUAAAUGUUGCUGAAAACCCUGCAGCAUCCUGGUAUUUUGCUACAGUAUGAAACAUGAUCUUUUUAUAACCACUGUGAUAAGCAUGGGAGAUAUUUCAUUGAAUUUUAAGACUCUACACUUAGCUGCAAUUAGGAAUUGACUUUUUGUAAUUUUUGAAGCCUGAUGUAGUUUUUAAUUUUCUUUAUCCUCAGCCCCCAAAACAUACAUUAAAGUUCUAGUUUUUGAGGAUUUCUAUACCAUGGGAUACUAUUCUGCUUCUAUGUUAAUGAUUUUUAAGAACAAAGACCUUUAUCAUUCUCACUAUUAACUGUUUCUGACCACUUUAUUUAAAAAAACUAGUUGUAGCAUAGAGGCUCAGCUCAUCUGUUUCAUAGAAUUAUAGAAUAUGCCGAAGUAGAAGGGACCCAUCAGGAUCAUCAGUUCCAAUUCCUGGCCCUGCACAGGGCACCCCAAGAAUCCCACCAUGUGCCUGAAAGCAUUGUCAAUGCUUCUUGAAUUCUGUCAGGCUUGGGGCUGUGACCCCUUCCCUGGGGAGCCUGUUCCAGUGCCCAACCACCCUCAUAUCCAACCUAAACCUCCCCUGACUCAGCUUCAGCCCAUUCCCUCCAGUCCUGUCACUAGUCACAAUAGUGAAGAGAUCAGUGCCUGCCCCUCUUCUUCCCUUUGUGAGGAAGUUGUGGACUGCCACAAUGUCUCUCCUCAGUCUCCUCCAGGCUGAACAGACCAAGUGACCUCAGCUGCCCCUCUUAUGGCUUCCCCUACAGACCCUUCAUCAUCCUCCUGGCCCUCCUUUGGACACUCCAAUAGCUUAAUAUCUUUCCUAUAUUGUGGUGCCCAAAACUGCCACAAUAUUUCAGGUGAGGCUGCCCCACUGCUGAGCAGAGCGGGACAAUCCCCACCUUUGACCAGCUGGCGAUGCUUUGCCUGAUGCCCUCCAGGACAGGGUUGGCCCUCCUGGCUGCCAGGGCACUGCUGACUCAUUCCAACUUGCCAUUGAUCAGAAGCCUCAGGUCCCUUUCCUAGUUGCUUUUAAAUCUAACUCCAGGUAUUGUACAUGCUUUUUUUUGGUAGCAACUGUUACAGGAGUUGUAACUGCACUUCUAACUACAAUAUAAAAAGAAUUAAAGAACUGUUCAAUCUGUA